UCCCUGGACCCAGCACAUCCCUGCCCGUCCCACCUUUCCCUGGCAGCAUUAAUGCACCUCUGACACAAUCUUUAUCUUCAGCAGAAUCCUCUCCUGAGCAGUGUCCCCAUGCCUACUGGUGAUCCUGGUGCCCAGACACCUCAAACCAAUUUCAUUCCAAACUUAACUAAGUAUCUGCCCCCCGACCACUGUUGUUUUCCUUGAACGACUCAAGCCAGAAGUGGGAGUGGCUCUUUCCUCAUCUCCUGCAGCCAGUCUGUCACCACGACCUGGUAAUUCCCCGAACCCCUCAAGCCCCUCUCCUCCUCUCCAUGCCCUCUGUCACCGCCCUGGUCCAGCCACCCCCUGGCUCUCGCUUGACCACAGUGAAAUCCUCCUGCCUCCAGUCUCGCUCCCGCCAACCCACUUUCCACAGAGCAGCCAGAGAUAUCUUUGGAAAAUGCCAUCUGACUGCUCCAUUCCACUGCUUUAAACUCCAACAGCCCCUUAUAAAACUUUGCUUUUGAAAAGCCUGCUGUGAUCCAGCCCCUGCCCACCUGUCUGGCCUCAUCUCUCAGCACCACCCCAGCCCCCAGUCCUAGCUGGCCCCUAAUAUCCUUAUACAUGACGCAGCCUCGGCCUGCAAUUACUCGUGCCCCUCUCUGCCCCGUGAACUCCCACUCAUGCCUCGAGGCCCAGCUCAAAUGUCUCCUCCUCUGGGAGGCCUUCCCCACCCCCAGGCUGAGCGAGUGGCACCCUCCCCUGGGGCCCUCCCAGAGCAUUUCCCAUGAUGCGCUGCAGAAGCUGUUUACGGGGCUGACAGGGGCCUGGCUGAGCUCCUUGAGGACAGAGCCCUGCCUUAUUUAUUUUCAGUCCAUAGAGAGAAGCUCAGAGAAUGUGAGAAGGUAGAGGGAGAGAGAGAAGAAGGGAAGAAGGAAGCAGAAGGAAGAAAGGAAGGCAGGAAAGAAGGAAAGGAAAGGAAAGAACACGUCAAGCAAAGACAUUGGGGGAUAAUUCUUUCAUUCACCUACCCACCCAUUCCAUCACUCAUUCAACAAAUAUCCACCAAGUUCCUACCAGGCCCCACUCUAGGCACUAAGGAUAUCGUUAGCAAGCUCAGGAGACCGGUGACUCACUCUCGGCAUUUCCAGGUGACUUUGGUGUGUGCGUGUGUAUGUGUGUUGUACAUGUGCAUGCAAGGCCUUCUGUGUGCGAGGGCUUGCUGCCGGGGCACCUGUCUUCUCUGGGGCCUGGUGCUUUUAGCAUCUGUCCCUGGAUCCUAUUGCAGCCCGAAAUAAGGCUGUGAGCCACCACAAGGCAGGGGCGACUCUCGUCAGCUGAGGCCGGAGCUGGCUGCAAGGCACACCCAGCUCGCCGACCCCCUGCACAGACACUGACCACUCGACUCUCAGCUUCCCGAAAGAGGUGUUAAUCUGAGGGUCUGACACCCCCUCCUGCCCACUGUGCUUCCAUCUCUCAGGAUGAUCCCCAAGGAGCAGAAGGGACCGGUGAUGACUACCACGGGGGACCUCACUGAACCAGUUCCUUUGCUGGACCUGGGCAAGAAACUGAGCGUGCCCCAGGACUUGAUGAUGGAGGAGCUAUCGCUGCGUAACAACAGAGGGUCCCUCCUCUUCCAGAAGAGACAGCGCCGCGUGCAGAAAUUCACCUUUGAGUUUGCAGCCAGCCCUCGUGCUGUCGUGGCAGGAAGUGCAAAGGAGAAGGUGACUGGAACAGCAGAACCUGGGAUGGUUGCCAACAGCCAUGAGGGGCAGAACUACCGCUCUGAGCUCCACAUCUAUCCCGCCUCUCAAGGGGGCUCUGGGGAUGCUGAGUCCAUGGCCUCCCGGCCAGUGAGCACCUACAACCCCAGCGCCCUGGCACCAGGUUAUGCUGAGCCACUGAAGGGCAUCCCACCUGAGAAGUUCAACCACACAGCCAUCCCCAAGGGCUACCGCUGCCCGUGGCAGGAGUUCAUCAGCUACCGGGACUACCUGGGCGAGGGCAGAAGUCACACCCCCAGUCUGGCGGAGUAUCGAAAUUUCAACAAGACCCCGGUGCCCUUUGGAGGACCCCUGGUGGGAGAAACCCUUCCGAGGGCAGGCACUCCCUUCGUUCCGGAGCUCACCAGUGGCUUGGAACUCCUUCGCCUCAGGCCCAGCUUCAACAGAGUGGCCCAGGGCUGGGUCCGCAACCUCCCGGAGUCUGAGGAGCUGUAGCUCCAGCACCUUCACUUCCCUCAUCUCAGAGUUCGAAUAACACCUGGAGCCAAGAUUUGUGGCCAGCACUUCAGUUUACAAAGGGCCAUCGCACACAAAACCUUACUGCAAAUGGCCUCAAAGUCACAAAGUUCAGCAGUUCCCAAUGUGGCAUGCUUCAAAAUCACCUGGGGGUAUUUUCCUACAGGUUUCUGACCUGCCCAAACCUGCAGCAUCAGAAUCCCCUGAGCAGAGGAUCUCUAUUAGUAACUCGCACUCCGAGCUGAUUCUAAGAAAACUGGUCCCUGGUUUGUGUCUUUAGGAAUCGAAGCCUCCAGUGACUUCACAUCCUGCCUCCACUCUCUCCUGUUCCUGUACUCUAGCGUAGUCUCCCCCAGUGACAGGGAGCCCACUAGCUGCCUAUUUACCUGUGAAGCACUCUGAUAAUUAGUUUUUCCUUUUACUGAGACACAGAUGGUCUUUAUCUAUUCACGCUGCUAACAUUUACUAAGCACCAACUGUGUGUUAGCUGCUGUGCCAGCCAUAGGGAGAAGGUGGAGAGUAAGCCCAGGCCCUAGCCUAGAAAGAGGGAGGAAAAGACAGUAGCGAAGACAGAUUUGUAAAGUGGUAAAUCACCUUAAUGCUCCCUAAAGCACACUGACAACUGAGGAACCAUGUGAAGCAGAGGGGGGGUCUCUAACCCUGGGUGUGGGGUGGGGACUCUGGAAGGUGUCCCAGAGGAUUUGAGUAGGGCCUUGGAGGACUGAAGGGAGGGGGUGUGACAGGGAGAUUGUGGAGAUGAAGGCAUUUCUGGCAAGUGGGUGGUGAGUGCAAGGGUGCAGAAUUGUCACGGGUACCGGUGUGAAGAAGGGGGACGGCAGUGUCAGAGAAGGCGGUGAGUCCUCAGCGGGGCGGAGUGGGGUGGGCUGCACUAAGGAGAUGGGGAAGUUAUUAAGCUGGGGAGUGAGGGGUCUCGCUGGUUGCUGUGUGGGGCACAGACUGGAGAGGAGCAAGGCCCAUGCCGGGAACCCUUCAAGGAACGAGGCCUGGACUAGGGAGACAGCCAUGGGGUCAAAGGAAGGAGCACCCCUCGGCACCCUCCGGGGCAGGUGCAGAGUGGGGUGCUUACAAGGACGACUCCCCUCCACCCGCUUCCACUCACCAUUUGGAGCAGACCCCGGGCUAGAUCUCGUUGUAGUGCCCACCAGGCGUAGUUCGGCCUCUGCGCAGGCUCCUUGGAAAGACGGGGAAGGAAGCGCCUCCCUGCAGGUGUGGGUGGUGGUGCUGAUGGCGGUUGAUUUUUAUUGGGUGCCUCGGUGCUCGUGCUGGUAGCAGGUGUUCUGGAUCCCCCAUUUCUAAUUUUCAGUACAACCUCGAGACAAAGGCGUGGUCUUGCCUUACAGAUGUGGCUAUCCAGACCUAAGAAGGGGAAGUGACUUGUCUGGGGACAAAGCCAAAGUGGGGAUCUGUCCAAUUCCAGUGAAUAUCACUCCACUGGGUGGCCAAGUCAGUGCCCGUUCAGUCUGGAAUCACCUAAUCCUGGUGUCAUGCUUUUAGAGCUUAAGAGUGCAGGCUGGGGGUCAGACUGGAUGGGGUGGGUUCUAGUGCCACUGCUAGCUGUGGGAACUCGAGCAAGUCAUUUCUCACCUGUGGGCCUCUGUUUCUCCACUUGUAAGAUGAGGACAAGAGUACAAGACCCUGCAUAGGGUUUUGUGAGCAUAGUGAUGGACACACAGGUAAUAAGCAGUCAGAUUUUAGGCAACUACUGCUCUUGGCUGGAUACGAUGUUCCUGCAGUGAAUGCACCUUGAGAAGUAGGCUCAUGGAAAUGUCACUGGGGGUCAGUUAGGCUGAAACCUGAAGGAGAGCCUCCGAUGACCAUAGGGCUCCCUUUGGACAUGAUUUACUCCUUUCCCCGCUGCCUCCCUCUGCCUCCUCCCUGACUCCCUCUCCUGGGGAGAGGAGAAGGCCACAAAUCUAGCUGAUUCCCAGGUGUGCACGCUGGAAAUCUAGCUGGUUUCCAGAAAUAGAAAAUGGCUGCAUCUUCCUUUUGCUCUGGAGGAGUUUCUCUAUGCCCCACCCAGUCUUAAGGGGCCAACAGCUGAUUUAGAUUUACUUGCAAUUGAUGUGCUGUCUUGAAUGUGGGGGCUGCCAUUUAAGGCUGUGUUUCUAUGAACUGAAAGCCAACCGUUAAAGUGUCUGAAACAAGGAAGAGAGGAUAUGGACUGUCUUGGGUUGGUUCUGCUGUGCUCUGAGGGUAAUGUUAGCCAGCGGGUAUGGAAAAGAAGCUUGCUGCACCCCAGAGUAAAUCCUCAUUCCUUGUUUUUUCUGAGGUGUUUAAAAAAAAAAAAAGGAAUGCUUAUUGUAAAAGUAAAUAAAUAAAUGAAGUAGUAAAAUGUGAAGGUAUCGGUCCACAGAGCUCCUCCCAUACACAAACGGAGCCCUUCCCUCCUUCCUGCAUUCUGCCCCAUUCCCAUACAUACACCAGAGGUAACCACUGCUAAUUGUUUGGUCCCCCUAGAAUUCUAGACUUAAUUGAAUAAAGAUGUACAUGUAUAUAGAUGCAUAA